CGUCGGGGCAUCAUGAGGCGGGGGGGUGGCGCCUCUCCCCCUCCCGCUCAGCCGCCCGUCGUCGUGAGGGGAGAGCCGCCAUUACGGAGCCGCGGGACGUUUUCUUCCUUUAAAUGUUUGAGCGAGGAGGGCGGAAAACAACCCCACCCUGAGUAGCCGCCACAUCUUGUGUGAAAUCCAGUCCGGCAGCCGACGUUUAACUCUUUUAUUUGGGGGAAGGCCAGAGGAAAAGAAAAACAAAAAAAGAGGAAAAAUGGGCGACAAACUCGACAUGUCCCUGGACGACAUCAUCAAACUGAACCGGCAGAAAAGUCCGGGCGGCCGCGGCGGAAGGGGCGGCGGAGGCCGCGGCGGGGGAGGCGGCGUGGGCCGCGGAGCGGGGCGAGGCGGCGCGGGUGGCCUCGCCGGUCGUGGAGCGGCGGGAGGCCGAGGCGGCGGCGGAGGGGGCCUGGGUGUAGGCCUCAUGCGCAACAGACAGAGCGCAAUGCGAGGAAGAAACCGACCGGCUCCUUACAGCAGGCCGAAACAACUCCCAGACAAGUGGCAACAUGACCUUUUUGACAGUGGUUUUGGAGCUAGCGGUGGUGUUGAAACUGGUGGAAAGCUCUUGGUGUCGAACUUAGACUUUGGUGUGUCUGAUGCAGAUAUUCAGGAACUUUUUGCUGAGUUUGGAACAUUGAAGAAAGCAGCUGUACAUUAUGAUAGAUCCGGUCGCAGUUUGGGGACGGCAGAUGUACACUUUGAACGAAAGGCAGAUGCUUUGAAAGCCAUGAAGCAGUAUAACGGAGUUCCCUUAGAUGGACGACCGAUGAACAUUCAACUGGUUACCUCUCAAAUUGAUGCCCAAAGAAGACCUGUUGUUGGAGGAAACAGAGCCAUAAGCCGAACUCGUGGUAAUGCAUUCGGGGGUGGAAAUCGACGGUCCAGAGGAGGCAAUAGAGGUGGAAGAGGUGGUAGAGGUGGAAGAAAUUCAAGGCAGCAACUUUCAGCAGAAGAGCUGGAUGCCCAGUUGGAUGCUUAUAAUGCUAGGAUGGAUACAAGUUAAGCGAUAUUGGAAUUGACUUGGCAAUUGACAUUUUUUUCCUUGUGGGAGGGAUGCGAACAAUGUAGUCUAGUAACUCCAUGGAAUAGGUUUUUAAAUCUAUGUAACUUUUUAAGUCACGGUCCUGUUUUGUACUGAAUGUUUUCAUUUUGGGAUAUGUUUUAUUGGUUGCAUGUUUUCAUGGGAGGAUGGACUUGCCCCACCAGACCAUGAAAUAAAUUCGCACUGUUAACUGAA